GAGUCCCUGGCUGCCAGCCACUGUCACUAUAAGUGCAAGAGAGUGAGGCAGAGCUGUACCUAGGGACUGCGGAACACAGAGCGCAGAGCACUCAGCAUGGGCUGUAAGAACUCCAGAAUACAAGUGGUGCAGCCUACGGAUGGGAGGACCAGCGGAUGGGGCUCAAAUGGCAAAGUCCAGCCGGAGAGCCAGGAUGACAUUAAAGCAAAUAAUAACAACAGUUCCAAUGCCAGAGAUGGAUCAGCAUUGUCAAAAGGCACCAUGGAUAGUGGUUUGGGACUUGAGGAUGAAUCAUCUGGGGCUCUUCCAGGGACAGUUACAGAGAAGUUGCCUUCUCCUAGAGGAAGACUAAACAAUGACUUGCCAUUGCUGAACAGUGGGCGAGGAACCCCACGAGAAAGGCAGACUUCCUCUGAUAUACUGGAAGAGCUCAUGACUCAGGGCAUCAUACAGAGCCAGGCCAAGGUUGUUCGGAACGGGGAAGCUUUUGAUGUUUUGAUGGACACCCCAGAAAAACCUCUACGGAGGCCUCCAGCCAAGCUUGAAAAACUGCAAACUAAACAGAAGAAAAAAAAGAAUCUAACGAGGGAAGACAUUGAAAACAAAAUGAAGGCAGUUGAAGAAAGGCGAAAGACAAAAGAAGAAGAACUAAAGAAAAGGCUGAGAAGUGAAAGGCCAAUGACCGCAUUAGCAAGCAUAAGUGAGCUAAGGGGCGGGGGCUCAUUAACGCCUGAUGAAAGACAGGAAGCUGAUUCUACUGUUCCCCGUGAAACUGUAGCUUUGGAUGCAUCGGAAAAUGGAAUGACUAUUGAACCAACAAAGAAUGGCACGGCUGAUGAGGAGGGUGAUGAAAUAGAUGCCUUGGAGUCCGACAAUACCUAUAAUAAUCCUAACGAAGAGGUCACUGACACAGGGGAUAAUAGCUUCUAAAGCACACUGCUGGCAUACGCAAAAUAUUUCAUGUUAUUCUCACAUCCUUGCAAGCAUUUGCACUAUUUAAUACAGCAGGUCUGGAAUAUGA